GAGCGGCUGCGGCAUCGGGGCAUCGGUGGCAUCGGCAAUCUCGGCAGCUAUCGAGCGCGAGUGGUCGUGGGCAAGACGAGCGGGGUUGGAAAGAAAAAAAAAAAAAAAAAAAGAACCGAAACAAAACUGUAAUCGAAAAAGGAUCCCAGUAUAUUGUGUCACGAGUUGGAGGAGACAGCGUGCGGUAGUGGUGGCAGCGUUUGCAACGUUGUCGUGCAAUCCUAUCCGUUGACAAACAGCAGCGGCUAGACAGCGACGAGCAUGUGGUACGGCCGCAGCGUCGUCGAGCAGCACCGACCACAGCCGCAGUUUUGAGUCUCGCUUGAGUCGGCGGAACACAUGUGCAACAUGGAAGCAUCGUCCCGGCCCCGCGUGGGAUUCUGGUGGGGCGACAAGAAGAGCCGGGAACUCAGCACCGAGGACUUCACGCAAGCGUGCUCGUCCCACGGCCUGGAGCUCGUUAAGCUCGACUUUAGCCGCCCGCUCGAGGAGCAGGGACCCCUGUCGGCCAUCGUGCAUAAGUUCUGCGACAUCUUGGUGCGGGCGGACCAUGGAGACGCCGAGUGCCAGCGGAUCACGGCCGACUUCGAGAGGUUCUGCAAGGCGCACCCGGAGGUGCUGGUCCUGGACCCGCUGGAGAACGUGCGCAAGGUGCUGAACCGGUACCGGCAGUACAAGCUGGUCGAGCAAAGCAAGCUUGGGAGUACAGACUGGGUGUUCAUCCCACCAUUUGUGGAGCUAACGUCGGCGGACCCACAGGAAAACCUGGAGCGGCUCAGGAGCCAUGCGGUUCAGUUCCCCAUCGUGUGCAAGCCUCUGGUGUCUCACGGCAUGAAGAAGGCUCACCAGAUGUGCCUGGUGUUUGGUCCCGGCGGCCUGGGCGAGGCUCCAGUGCCCUGCGUGGCCCAGCAGUUUGUGGCACACGACGCCCGCCUUCUCAAGGUGUACGUGCUGGGGCCCCACUACUACCUGACGUGGCGGCCGUCACUGCGCAACUUUACGGCAGGGGACCAGCCGAGCAUCUGCUUCAACAGCCAGGACAUCUCUAAGCCCCACUCCAGCUCCCCGCUCAACGCCCCACUGCCUCCGAAUGCUGCGGCGCAGCCGUGCCCGCACAAGCUGCGCUUCCUGGUGGACGUGGUGCGUCAGGAGCUGGGUCAGCUGCUCUUUGGUAUGGAUGUUAUCAUGGAGAAGGGCACAGGGCGCCUCUGCAUCAUCGACGUCAACAACUUCCCCGGUUAUGACGGCGUGGCCAACUUCCUGGACAAGCUGAGCGCGCUGCUGGCGGAGCUGGUGUCUUCGGAGCCCCCGGACUCUGGCAUCGACACCUCGGACUCCUCUGACGAGCGGAAGCCACAAAUGUGCCGGACGCCCAAGAAGCUGCACCUGCGACCGCCACACCCCUGAGAAGCCCCAGUGACUGUCUGUACAGGGAGACUUUAUGUGGCCCCGCCCCCAAACGGCACGGGCAUCGGCACGUGCGGAAAGUGGGCCCGCGGCACGCUCGCUGCAACCUGCGACGCGCCGGUCCUACCCCAAACAUGACGUUGGCACGGACCAAUGUCAGUGUUUUGGUUGUGCGCUGGCUGGACAAUAUUAUCCGAGCAGUCGCAAACCAGCGUUGGCGUGCGUUCGGUCAACAUUGUGUUGGGGGUACAAAAUUUUUGUUCCAACGUGUGAGGGGCUGUUCGCAUCCCAGUGUGACAUUGCUGCAGACCAAUGCAUGUCCGUGUUCUGGUCAUGUGGUGGUUUGCCAAGAUUGUCUGACCAGUGGCAAACUAGUGUUGGCAUGUGUUCAGUCAGUGUUUUGCCGGGGCACAACAUUCUUGCUGCAAUGUGUAAUGGGCUGUUUGUAUCCCAGUGCAACGUUAAUACGGACCAAUGCCGGUAUUCCGGUCGUGUGGUGGCUCGUUACAUUAUCAGACCAGCAGCAAAGCAGCAUUUUCUUGCGUUCAAUUGACAUUGUGUUGGGGUGCAGCACACUUGUUGCAACAUGUAAAGGCCCGUUAACAUAUUUGCGAUUCUUUAGGAAAAGCCGUAUUUACAUCCACCAAGAUCUAGAGCAGUGGUUCUCAACCACAGAUGUUUUGGGGAGCCCCUCUUGAUUGGCAGAAGUAAUGGGCACCCCAUCUGCCAAGGAGCAGCAUUGAACGGUUGCAAUGAAAAUAGGAUAAAUUAAGGAAACUAGAUAUGGCGCAAACCAACUUUGCAGCCCUUAAACGGAGAAUAAUGAACCCUACUCACUUGGUGCACGUGAUUUCGUCUAUUUAGAGCUUUGUGAAAUAGUAACUAUAAAAAAAAAAAAAAACAUUUUAGUAUUUAGCUUGAUUGAGCACCAAAACUGACCCAAAGGGUUCGUGGACCCCGAUUUCGAACCACUGGUCUAGAGAAUUUUCGUAGAGUUUCAUUUGUUUACAUUAAUAGUUAUUUUUGGAGCACAGUUCUUAAGGCCCAUUCACACUUUUACGACCUCUUAAAACUUAGUCCCUUGAAACCUCUUGCAACGAGAGGACACUGGCGCCAUCUAUAAGGUGGCAGUGUAAACGUGGCGGUCCGGCAUAUUUUUUUAUUUGUCUCGCGCAUUAUCCUUUCUUUCUCGGCUCGAAAAACUUUUGUCAGCGUUAUAAACGAGCCUUUCUUAUAGGUGUUACGCACAUUUGACCUCGGAAACCCCGCAAAACCUUCGCUCUUGUGAAAUGCAGUUCCAGGGUAACCGCAUAGAUGGCGCCAGAGUACCAGUGUGUUCCCUCGUUUAAGAAAUUUUGAGAGGUUUCAACAAGUCUUGUCUCUGUCGGUCGCACUCGGGUGCAAGAGUGUGAACGGGUCUUUAGGCGCCCGUUUCUGGGUCAGGCGGCAACGCUGUCGGUGUAAUUGGACAUGUUGUAUUAUGGGACCUCACAGUUUCCCCGCUAAAUUUAGCGGGGAAACAAUGUUAAAACAACCAUUUCUUAUAAUACCCGAGCUCGCAAAUACGGCAAAACCUACGCUCUAGUGAAAUGGAGCUCCAGGAUCACCUAGGUGGUGUCGGCGUGUCUUUCAUACCAAGAGAUUUUGAGGUGUUUCGAGGCACAUAAUCCCAAAAAAACGCGAGUAUGCAAACGGGCCUUAAAACAAGGUGUUCGUAGCUUAGCAUGACAUUGGUGCGGACCAAUGUCAGUGUUUCUGCGACGCGUUGGCGCGACGACUCGGUGGCAAACCAAGAUCAUUCCGCGUUGAAUUAGGUGUCGUGUUGGGGUGCAGUUGAGUCCAGAGUGUCGGGGUUUGUGCAACGAAAUGCUUGGAGGGCGGUUUUCUUUUUGGCAGCCGUGUCGGUCUUGCGAGACCGGCACACCCAAAAUAAAGGUGUCUUCACCCGCGCU